AGUACGUGCACACGGUGCUGAACGCCCUCCCCAAGGACAUGCACCCCAUGACGCAGCUCUGUCCAUUGGCGUCAUGGCGCUGCAGAAGGGCAGCCGCUUUGCACGAGCGUACCACGAGGGCAUGCCCAAGAGCAAGUACUGGCACCUCGCGUAUGAGGAUGCGCUUGACUUAAUUGCUACUCUGCCCCAGGUAGCGGCGCACAUCUACAGGCACACGUUCAAGGACGGCAAGAUCAUCCCACCCAAUGACAAGCUCGACUACGCCGCUAACUUCGCGCACAUGCUGGGCUUUAACGACCCCCAGUUCCACGACCUCAUGCGCCUCUACCUCACCAUCCACGCGGAUCACGAGGGAGGCAACGUCAGCGCCCAUGCCACCCACCUGGUGGGCAGCGCCCUCUCAGACCCCUACCUCUCCUUCGCGGCUGGCCUCAACGGUCUCGCGGGUCCUCUGCACGGCCUCGCCAACCAGGAGGUGCUGCGGUGGCUUGAGGAAGUCAAAGCGGACGUGGGGGAGGAAGCUGGAAAGGACGAGCUGAGGGACUUCGUGUGGCGCACGCUGCAGAGCGGCAAGGUUGUGCCGGGCUAUGGCCACGCAGUGCUGAGGGUGACGGACCCGCGCUACAGCUGCCAGCGCCAGUUCGCUCUCAAGCACCUGCCUCAUGACCCCACGUUCAAGCUCGUAUCCAACCUCUACGAGGUGGUGCCGCACAUCCUCCUUGAGACAGGCAAGGUGAAGAACCCCUGGCCCAACGUGGACGCUCACAGUGGCGUGCUGCUGCAGCACUAUGGGCUCACCGAGGCCAGCUACUACACGGUGCUCUUUGGCGUCUCGCGAGCCAUGGGAGUGCUCUCUCAGCUCGUGUGGGACCGCGCCCUGGGUUUUGCCAUCGAGCGCCCCAAGAGCAUCACGCUCGACUGGAUCGAGGAGUUUGCUUCGGACAAGGCGCAUAAGGAGGAGCUCGAGCACAAGCACUAG